AGCCAUUUUUGGCUCAAGGCUCGGCGCGCGCUGUUCUGCACCACUUUCACUUCCUUUCUCCUGUGCUUCCAUGGGCGCCGCUGCCGUAGAUUUCGCCUCCUUGCAAAUCGAGCGAGGUGCAUUUCCAGCGGCUCCAACAGGCGGCGCGGCGUUCGGCGCGCCGCAAUACCCCGAACAAGAUCCGGAAAAGAAGCUGGCAACAACUGACAUCGCGCCCUGCGUUGUUCGGCAUGUCGGUGGAGGAGUUCGUGGGGGAUGUCGAGAUCUUGCGCGGUUCGCGCGCGGGCGAGCCUAGCGCUUCGUCAGAGCAGGAAGUGGCAGGCAUGGCACCUUCUUCAUCGCAGAUCUCAUUGCCGAGCGGGCGGCGAAGCGCCGAGUGCCAGCUUCCCAACCUGGGGGGCAACGGGCAGCGAGGCAGAGAUGGCGCUGCAUCUUUCAGCUCCCCAGGCGAACCGAAUGAUAUUUCACUCGCGGGCAGGCUGGGCGACCAUGAGUCUAUCUUGCUGGAGCUGCGCGCGGACAUCUUGACCCUUUCCCGCCGCGGGCAGCCACGGCAGCGCAAGUCCGACUCAAAUAAGCAGGAUGUAUUGGACGGCCACUCUUCCAUUCAGAUCCAUCAGGGGGCGGAGAUGCAGCGGGGGGGGCUGAUUAGCACCCUGAGCUACGGGUGCGCCAAAUUCAAGACGGAGGCGAUGGCGGACACAAGCGGGGCGACCGGGUCGUUGGAGGCGAAGACCAACCUCGAGAACUAUUGCCACUGCGCGAGGGGGAACCUGCCCAACUUAAAGACGACGAACACGGCUGUCGUGAAUGAGUUUGGGCCACUUGGCAAGGACGGGACGCGCGUCUCCGAAUGGCUGAAGGUAAAUUCUCGCGCUGGCCAGAACGAGUAUAUGACCAAGCAGCAGGAGCUCAGAGACAUAGUGGGCCGCGUCUAUGAGAGGGUCCUCGGCCAUGCGUAGUAGCAGAGGCCUGCGUCGAGUGGAAGCGAGGGGUGAGAGGGCGAAGAGAGCACCGACGCCCCACGGCGUAGAGCGCGACGGUCUCUGGGAGGGCCGCGACGCAAAGACCGCGGAUCCGUCGUGACUUUUUUUCUGCGCCGAGCAGUUGGGUGCCCAUCGGUAGCGGCUCGCUGCUGAGUGAUGCAAUCUCCACCUUGCCCCCCUUAUCCCACAUUAUCCUUCUCCCCCUGUUAUCCGAAGCUGUCGCGAGCGCUUGGGAAGCGCAGAAUCACGACGUGUUGUCGCAGCGGCGCCGGUUUGUUCUAGGCUGGCAUGGCUUCCAAGCAGCCCAGAGGGCGAGGUUGUCGCGCUCGGGUUCGCCUGAGCAGCGAAGCUUCGGGCCCGCAACCCAACGCCAGCCUUGGCCUUUGCUGUGGGAUAUCUUCGCCGUUGAGGCGCGGCCCCCCUCCAGUCAGGGUGCAGCGCGAGCGGAACCGCAUUCAGCGCCUGCCUAGCAACCGAGAGCAGGCCCCCACCCUGGAGGAUGGGGGGCGGAGGUCACAGGCGGGGGCGGGAAUGUGCAGGACCCCUUCCCGCCGCCGCGCGGCCCUGCUGCCGGCCAUGACUUCGGCCAGGCAGCCCAGAGGCACCCAUGGCUUCUGCGCCUCCCUGUUUCCCCUUACUCACGGGGGGUUUGAGCAGUCUUAGUUUUAUUGUUCUGUGCCCGCUAACCCGUCAUGUCUCGGAUAGCUCGGAUAGCCCGGAUAGCCAAGAAUCAUCGACGAUCCGGGGAUGUUUUGAGCAAGCAGGAAACCCAAGUAGCUCCCUCGCCGUAGGAUUCGUUUGCUGAAGCGCGCCCUUCUUCGGGUUGCGAAAACACGCAGUUAAUCUACACAAUUUUUCGUUCAUUGCUCCUGCCCGCCUGGUUUCACCCAAACUUCUGCGUCAAGACCUAAAAGCGCCAUUUGGGACACGGAGAGCCCUCCGCGUGUGUUUCGUGAUCACGACGCCUUGACACCUGAACACCAGAAGCCCCAGCCUCUCCAUUACACCCGCCGUUUAAGAGCACCUGCCAUGUUUCGCCGCUGGCAACCGCUGCUCAAUCGUGUCGCUUCAGUGGCGUCAUGCUGCCCAGUGGUGUCGCAAUCGCUGCCCAAGCGGCGGCUAAGCAUGGCAAUCGAUGCCCAUUCUCAGCCGCCGCUUGCCCCAUGGUGUCGGCAUUCAGGCCCCCGUUUUUGCUCUGCGUAGGCAUGGCAAGGUUGACGAGGGAAUCUGCUCCAGUGUUUCACUCACGUGGCCUCCAAUCGACUGGUUCCGCAUACCCACCUCCUGGUUCAAGACAUAGGAUCCGAUGUAGAAGCACGCGGCUUCAGCCCCAAAUGCUUUGUGAGAGUCCAGAUCCUUGUGGCAAUUCUACUUGCUCCUUGUCGCCCGCGGACUAGAGGUGGGGCUGGAGCUUGACCUGGAGAUCGGGCUGGAACUAGAGCGGGGUUGGAAUUGGAAGUGAGGCUGUCGUGGG